AUGGAAGAAGCUGGACAGGACCCGUUGGAUGAUGUGCAGGAGGUGAUGGAAAUACCGAAACUAGAAGUCACAAAGCAGAACCUGGACUCUCUGAACUCAGACCUUGAAAAGGACUUGCAGAGAAUGGAUGAGGCAAAUCAGGUUCUUCUCAAAAAAAUUCAAGAGAAAGAAGAAACUAUUCAAAGUCUGGAAAGAGAUAUCAUGCUGUCGGUCAGACAGGCCAGAGAGAGGGAGGAGCUGAACCACCUCAUAUCUGAGAAGGAAGAAGCCCUAAGGAACCUGGAAUUAGAGACAGCAAAGCUGGAAAAAAAUAAGGAAAUUCUAAGCAGGAGCGUGGUGGAGGUGCAGAAGGAGAUUUCAAAGAAAUUUAAGAAUGUUGGCCUGGAUAAAGAAGCCCUAAAGCAGAUGUUGGCAGAAUUGAAGGUGAAACUACAGAAGUCAACAGAAUCCUGCGCCAGUCAAGAGGAGGAAUUGGUCAAGAUAGAGAGUGACUAUCAAUCUGUGUAUCAGCUUUGUGAGGAUCAGGCCCACUACAUAAAGAAAUACCAAGAAAUUCUGAGACAGAUGGAAAAGGAAAAGGAGAUGCUGCUUCUCGAAAAAGAAGUCUGAAGAUGGAGAAGCUCUAUACAGUCAGCAAAAACAAGACUGGGAGCUGACUGUGGCUCAGAUCAUUAACUCCUUAUUGCCAAAUUCAGACUUAAAUUGAAGAAAAAAACUACUAGACCAUUCAGAUGCAAAGCCCAGAACAACUCCGCCCAAGUAGUGAAACGGGGGUCAACUCUGGUGGAGACCAUCCAAAGCAAUAUGGAGAAGACCAUCAUUAAGAAACAGAAGAGAAUCUUUUGGUACCGGCAUUUCAGGUAUUUUAUCUUCAUGGUCAUCAUCUUCUUUAGGCUGCUGGGUUACGUGCUUUUCUACCUGCAGUACAUAAACCCAGACCUCCUUGUGGAUGCCCUGCCGGUGGUCAUGAGCAGAGACACCUUGAAGAGGCUGAGGGAUGUCUUACUUCCCUUCCUCACUCUAGAGGUGGAAGAAGUUCUACCACAUUAG